AUGGGAUGCACGAAUUUGGUCGCUGAUACGUCGGUAUUUGUAUACAUCAACAGGAAUCAUCUCGUCUACAUACCCGUGUACGUCGACGAUAUUAUAAUAACUGGCAGCAGCAACAUGUUAGUAAUUGGCGUCAUCCAAGUUCUGGCUACUCGGUUUUCCCUCAAAGAACCAAAGGAUCUGAACUACUUUCUGGGUGUUGAAGCUACUCGCACCUCCGCUGGUCUUCAUCUCAUGCAGCGCAAGUAUAUUAUUGAUCUCUUACUCAAUACUAAGAUGCUAGACGCAAAACCGGUUACAACUCUCAUGACUGUCUCGCAAAAUUUGACACUUCAGUCGGGCACUACAAUCGCUGAUCCUCGUGAAUUUCGUAUGAUUGUUGGGAGCUUGCAGUAUCUUUCCAUCACUCGACCAGACAUUGCCUACAGCGUAAAUCGUCUCUCUCAGUUUAUGCAUCGCCCUACCGAUGACCAUUGGCAAGCAGCCAAGCGUGUCUUGCGAUAUCUAACAGGUACUCUCUCCCAUGGUAUCAUGCUGCGCCGCAACACACCUCUCUCUCUCUCUCUCCACGCGUACUCGGACGCUGACUGGGCAGGAGAUAUGGAUGAUUACAUCUCCACCAAUGCAUACAUUAUGUUCAUUGGUGCCACACCUAUUGCUUGGUCAUCAAAGAAACAAUCCGGCGUCGCUCGAUCGUCGACGGAAGCGGAGUAUCGAGCAGUCGCCUACAUAGUAGCCGAAAUGAAGUGGGUUUGCUCGCUUCUCACAGAGCUUGGGAUCACACUAGCCCAUCCUUCAGUUGUCUUCUGUGAUAAUGUAGGAGCAACAUAUCUUAGUGUUCCACUUCCGUAUGAAGCACCUUGCCUUAGACUUCCAUUUUGUACGUGA